GUGCUUAUGGCCUGAUAUGAAUAUGUGAGUAUAUUAAGCCUACGGACCCUCCCAAAGCGAUCUAGUUGAUGCCAAAUGAGAAUAAUGGCUCAUUUACAUCAUCUUUUGAAGUUAUCGCAAAAAUGGUACAUAAUAGCUGAAUUCUAAUCUCGAAUAUCGAUUCAGCAGCUCAAAAUACGUAGGAAAAGCAUAGCCGCACAAUCAACUUUUUUUUUUACUGCCGUGUAAUCGAUUAAUGAGUUCUUAUUUGCCUCCAAGAAGUAAAGAAACGCUCCACCUGAGUGCCUCAUUAACCCUCGAGUAGUCAUACGAGAUCGCGAAGAUUCGAAGACGCGUAACGAUUAACUAUCUUGUAAGAACUUGGAACAAGACUCAGACUCAUGGUAAUUAUAUGUGGAGCGCUCCGCUUAGACCGAAGAUUAGCAAAAGACUGACGAAUUUUGGCUAUCAAUUCUCUAUCGAUGCUUCCGAUAUUAGUAAAUUAUGGCGCAAGAAUUUAGACUGUUGAGCAAAUGCGUAUGCGAAAACAAUAAAAGUAGUUCUAAGAGUGCGAGUGUCAUUCCGGGCUCUUGCAAUGAAUUGUGCAUUUUGUUUACGUUUCUUAAAGAUGAAGGAAUUCGAAAUUUGUAGAAUCUGUUAAAUAAGUUUCCCAAUUGACUAAAAGAGGUUAAUUCCGCAUAGUAGACCCAAUACAGUUUCACAAGAGGAAAUAAUUCGUACUGAAAGUUUCAAAAUUAUAAGAUUUAGUGAUAAAAUAAGUUUAUGAUGGUUUUACUCUCGAUUUUUUUACUUUGUAAUCGACUUUACGUCGAUUGUUUACUCUUGAAAAAUAUCGAUGUUACAAUUUUUAUUGAAAUAACUGAUUUAACGAAAAAUUUGUCGUCAACUAGUCUGAAUACGUAAAUUAAAAAUGGAAAAUUUUGGCUAAUUCUAGUUGGAAUAGUUUAGGUAAUAGUUUUCACCAACAAGAAUCGUGACCGAUUCGCGCUCUCAAACAAAACGACGGGUAAAAAUGCCACGCUGUUAUAUGGUGAAGAAAACGCUAUGCAGCAAGUAUACGAGUAUCACAAGAGGAUUUGAGAGUUGGGAACGUGGUGGAAGAGACAACUCACCAUCACAAACAGCAAUGCAAUUAUUGGUAUCGCCUAUUGAAGCUUGCACAACACUUUCUGUCCCACGAGAAUGUACGUCAUUUCAAUCGAAAGAUUUUUCGGCCUCAGAAACACCAGCCGAACCCGAAGAAAUAACUCUUGAAACAACUGACCACAACAUUUCUCAACGUAUGGCCUCCUCUCCGUCCGAGAAUGAAUUGACGGAAUAUCCUCGAUGUAUGAAUAUUCUGACUUGCCCAAUCCCAGGAUCACCUGUAAAAGGGUCGUCAAACCAUUGUUAUCUUCAUCGAUCUCGAGAAAUGAAAAUUUCUCUGAACAGUCCAUCGCAAACAAACAUGUCGAACGACACCGUUAGCAAAGGCAGUGACAUUGUGGAUAUCCCACAUUCUGGAGCGUCAGUAAUUAAAAAAACAGCAAUCGCCACAGCUAAAUUGCCGGCCGUAUCAAGAAUAGAUACAUCAGCGAAGAUAACAAUCACAACAAAAUCGACAUUAGUGACUACGUCUAAAGGAAAAAUGUCUAGACAACUUCGAAACAAAAUAAGUGGCACUGUUUCAGGAGUCACUUCAUUUAAACAAAUUCCUCGAGGCUCGAUGCACCAAAAAUAUUGUUCUGAACUUCAGACACUACUUAAAGAUAAUCAUACGAUGGAUAACAAUGAUAAAUCAGUAAUGAAUCAGUCUCCUUUAGUUUUGACGGAUUCGUCUAAUCAGUCAUGUUGUACGAAGCUAAACGGUACCGAAACUGAAAAUUCUCCAUUUCACAACGUUGAUGUGCUUAUACCAGUUCAAACUAUUUGCCAAUUUUCAAAGUGUGGUACAGCUCAAGAAACAUCAAUGUUCCGCGAUAGGUCAGCUGCAGAGACAGAGGCUGCUCACGAUCUCUUGGAACUCUCUCGGUCACUGCCUCCCCUACCACCUCCCAGUAUUGCAGUUGGUCCGCAAAAUGUGAUUGAAACACCACCCACUGACAAUGUCCAGGAAAUCAGUAUUUAUCAACCGGCUCAGGCACCAACAAUCUAUCAAAUAAACCCUAUAGAUCUCGGUGGCGGUACAACGACGGUAUAUCAACCGCAGACAACGAUUUUCGAUUCUAUUGCAUCAACGACCAUUGUUCAGCAAACAUCGACCGGCUUAUUCGUUCCAUUGUCGCCGGUCCAAGAAAUUCUUUUCACAUACGCUAACUCUCCAAAUGGAAUACCGUCGCUACUAGCUACCCAACCGACGCCGAUGGAAGUACCUCCACUGACACCUCCGGCUUCUGAGUAUAGUAGUGACAUCGAAAACAGUAAUCCAAAUUCCCAACUAACCAAUCAGAGGGACAAAGAAGUUCAAACUAUAACAGACCAAACCGAGGUGAAAGCCGGAUCAUAUACGUAUGAUACGCUUUUGGUUGCCGAUGGAAGAUCCAAAAACAAGAAACAGUCUGUUAUUUGCCAAACUACAACCCAAAAUGAAAACAUAGAAACAACUGAUAUCAAUGAAUCACUAGAAAUACAGAAAUCUGGGAGAUACGUUUGUUGUGAAUGUGGUAAGCAGUAUGCGACUUCAUCAAACUUAUCGCGACACAAGCAGACCCAUCGAAGUAUCGACUCACAAUCGGCAAAAAAAUGCAUCCAUUGUGGGAAGGCCUACGUUAGCAUGCCAGCUCUGGCAAUGCAUGUAUUAACUCACAAACUGACUCAUAGUUGUGGAGUUUGUGGAAAAAUGUUUUCUAGACCGUGGCUACUGCAAGGUCAUUUGAGGAGUCACACAGGAGAGAAGCCUUAUGGCUGCGCUCACUGUGGGAAAGCUUUUGCUGAUCGUUCAAACUUACGAGCUCAUAUGCAAACACAUUCAUCGGACAAGAAUUACGAAUGUACGAAGUGUCAUAAGUCUUUCGCCCUCAAAUCAUAUCUCAAUAAACACCUUGAAUCGGCCUGUCAAAGAGACAAUUGUGACGAGAGUAGCAACGAUAUGGAUACACCUGGUUCUUACGGCAUUAUAUCGUCCUCAAAUAAUUGCAGUUUAGAGAAUAAACAGUUCCCAUCGAUGAUUUGUGUAGCGAAUGAAUCGAGCUCGUGAGUCUAUGUUGGAUCUCGUAUGCAUUAAACAUCGAAUGGGAGAAGAAAAAGAAGAAUAAUAAAUGGAAGACAAUAUAUCACGGAUACUUCGUUUAUGGAAAGUUAAUAACAGCAAUAUAGAUAUCCUUAUCAAGUAAAUACACUGCAAUCUCUAUUAGCGUAAGAGUAACGAGACCACAGCCGCCGCGUACUCACAGGUAUAAUAUAUUGCGCAUAAUACACAGAAGCGGGUACUGCGCGGGAGAUAUGAAUUAAACGGGAGUGACAUAGAUUACGUCAAUAGAGAUUGCGGUAUUUUGCUCAGUUUUCGGGCAUCAUUUAUUAUCUUAUCUACUGAAAGAUUUUCCACAAGAGUAUGGAAGAGGGAAAGGAAGCAUCCUAAAGCAAUUUCUUUAGGACUUUGACUUGAAAGUUAAGUCCAGUUUUAUCAUGUACGCUUGUUCAUGCGUACAUGUUCCAGACAUCGAAACUUAAAAUGCCUCUGAACUCUCUCAGAUAAAGAUUUUUACAGAUAAGAUAUUAGGUAUUUGAAAUAAAGAAAAUUGAAUAAAAAUGAAUUUUGCACGCAUAUAUUUUACGUAUGGUAUAGAAAGUAACUGAAGUACUUGUAUUUCAUAAUUAAGCUCAUAGUUUUAUAUCCUCCUUGGUAGAGAUUAAACAAACAUAAAAAAAUCCAUUUCGACUGAUAUCGGGCUAGUGAUGUUGCAGUAGCUUUCAAGUGAUGUACACGGAAUUGCGUAUACGUGAAUAAUAUUUAUGUGAGGUUAAUACUCAAACGUCCAUGCUAGUCAGAUAGCCAUUUUUUGUUAAAAUUUCUUCAUUUAAUCCUGAUAUACACGUGUGAACAUUGAAUUAGCCGCGAUUUUCAAUAUUUGUUUCUUUUCCUUCGGUGUAAAAUUCCUGCAGUGCUGUGAAAAAUUUUUGUACGCCCAAGGCAACGCUUGUAUCUGUUUUUUUUUCUACGAAUUAUGAAAUUCCUAAGUUUUUAUUGAGUCAAGGGGUAAUUCUUCAUUCUUGGGGAAAAUUCGAUACUAGUGUCCGAUACUAAUAUCGAACAUUUUUUGAUUCUCAAAAAUUAUAACGCACUAAUUUAAAACUAUGAUUUGAAACAUCAAUUUUAAAAUUGUACCCACCAGAAAAAGCCACUAUACAAUACUUCUAACACAUGAUCCCUGGUGAAAUACUACACGUUUUUGAAAGUAUGUGUUUUUGAAUAAGACAAUAAAAGAAUCAAUAUUCUCUGGAAUGUAGAAUACCCCUGUAGUCCCAUCGUAUUAAAAAAUGGGGCGGAUUUAUUCGUUGGAAUGAAAAGAACUCGGGUAUAACGAUAAUGGAACUAUAUAUUGAAAAGAUAAUUCGGAUGAGUUCAUCAAUUUUCAAUAAAUUCAAUUUCGUAUGUGUCCAUCAAUUAUUUGACGAUGAAAACACAACCAACUUCAAUUGUUUCAAUUAUAAGUAUCAGUUAUACGCACUGCUAGAAUACUUUUUACUAUUUUCUUCUAGUUCAUCCGCUCAGCAAAACACAACAAAAUGAAUUUGAACAAGGCUCUGUCCAUUCAACAACGAUAUUUUAUAGAUAACCACAAAAGUGUUUGUACAUGGCAAUGACGUAAUUAACUGGGAACCAAAUCGAGAACAAAAUUUUGCACUUCACAACAUAUUGGUGAAUUGUUUUUCUUACAAUGAGCAAAAGUUGAACUAAGAAUAGAUUUUAAGAUUACCACAUCUUACUUUCUUUGCAAUUGUGAUAUUUCUACACCCACAAAAUAAAAAAAAGCAUUCGCUUGGAAAAUGAAGGUAAAAUGCUGUACUCGAUUGGUUAAGUCAGGGUAACGCUUCCAUAACAAACGAGAAAAUGGAAAAUCUCAUAAGGGUUUAUAUUAGUCGGUAGUCCGAUAUAGAUUCGGUAAUCAUUUAUUUUUGUAAUAUAUUUACUUUACUAUAUUUUAGUGCAAUGCGAUCACCUGUUGUGAGAAGAUGCGCUUAUUAUAUCUUCUCAAAUUGUAUUCAUCAAUUUAGAGUAUAAUGAUUGAAGUUUUCAAGUUGCGAAAUGAACCGAACUGUUCACUAUUAAAGUUUGAAGCAAGCUAAGCAAAGAAAUGCAUGAGACAUUCCACGCCAUUUCACAAGACCGUGACCUCGCUGGUUAUUAUUUCUUCAUGAUAAAUGUUUGUACAGUUUUUCAUGGUCUAUGAAUUCUCAAAAACGUUGGAUUGUGGAGAUCCAUGAGCGUUUUUUUUUCAUUGAUACUUUUCAAACUAGUUGAGAUAUCAGCCAAUGUCAAGUGGGAAUUGUUCUACGUUGAUUCAUAUUUCUUGGAAAUCUCAUAAAGUAAUCAUUAACAAUUACAAUCUAAAUAUAUUUAGGUUUGCGUUUGAAAUGGUAAAUGUUCAAUCAUUAUUUCCACGCGUUGUCAAGUAAAUGUUAAAAUUACAUGACUUACUCACGAUGAGGAUUUUUACUAUUGGAAGAACCGCGAAAAGAAGAUCAAAAAAACGGGAAAAGUCGCAAACUCACGCCACAUAUUUCAUACACUUGAUCGGGAGCUUACACUCGCUACCUAUAUCGAGUUCGUUAUUUUUUGUCACGGUUCUAAUCGUGGUCAGAAAUUCAUGAGAAAUGGAAUUCAUUCUGUUGAAAAUUAUUGGGAGUAAAUAAAAUCGCCGAGCUCUCGAUAUCCGGUUGCUUGGCCGAGCUAUCACUCGUGGCGCACGUCAGAAAUGCCGAUCCAUUCUCUCCUUCUCACUCACUCUUGCACACACUCGAUCCCGACUUUUUCUUGCGAAUCUUCACGAACGAUUACCAAUUACAAACAAAAAAUUUUUUGAGAUUUCCGUAUACGGCCACGUAACCAGUUUUAUUUUAAAUAACAAUGUGUCUUGAGAGAUCAAUCUCACGAGAUCGGAACACGAGUAAAUAAAUAAUUUUACUGUCUAAAUCAACUCGUGGCAGAGUCGCCACCGUCACUGCGUUUUCUCAAGUUUUUAUUUAUUCUACGGGAUCGAUCGCGAUUUAUUUCUUCCGUUCUCAAAAGAAUGCGAAAUUAACCAAAACGAAAAUAAUUCUCUCACUGAAAGAAUUGAGCGAAAGCUCACUGAAGAAAAGAAACAAUGAAGGGACAACACUCACGGUGUUAUACACUCUCUGGAUCGUACGUCUCACCCGCCCAAUACUUGCGAAAACCAAACGAGAUUGAUCCUCGUUACGCGGUGGUACUUUUAACUGGUAUUGUAUUUAAAAUCGUUUCAUUAUGUAUCCGUAGCAUACAAUAAUUUUGUGACACACGUUUCUGUGAUCAAUACGAUUUUAUUCUCACAUAUCCAAUACACCAUGAUCUUGCAAAGUAAUUUCGUUUUUUUUGUGUACAUCUUUUAUAACCAAUUCAUGCCUGUCGUUUGAUCGAAUACGUGGAAUACACUAACAACAUUAAGAAAAAUGUAGAUUUGAUUACGAAUUCAAUAUUCAAGUUUAACUCAUUAUAUUUUAUGUUUUAGCUGAAUUUACUUUAAUAGAAAUUCCAAUGAACCUAUCUAUCUACCUUCAGAUUAUUUAAGCGGGGAAAAUACUCACGCUACCGUUCUAUCAUAAUGUGUCAUUAUUAUUUUACCAUUGUGAAUAUCGGUAUCGGCAUUGAAUGCCAAUGCAGUUUCUAGAAACACAGAAAAAUUUUUAUGUCAAAUGUUUUAUAGAUACAUCAAUUUACUGACCAAUCUCGUGAGCGGAGUACACUUCGACUUCAAUUUAAUAUUGAGGUUAAGAGAAAUUUAUCUUAUUUUUUUCACUCAUUGUUCAAUAACAAAGCUAUCUAUAUUCUGACAAGUAUGUUUACCUUCAGGAAACCAAUGCCAUGGGUAAAAAAAAGUAAUGAUUUCAUAAACGACCUUAGAGAUGCGUGAGAAAAUGAAGAAAACGGUCGGAAAUUUUAGGGUUGCCAGACACAAAAUGGACUGACGAUUAUAUGAUUUUCUUCAAUCUUUUUUUUAAGAAGUUUCGGUACAGAAGUCUAAAUAUUAAGAAAUUGAUCAAAUUUGGUGAUAAUGUUCUUCAACAUCAAGUGCGAAAACACAAAUUUUUUCAAAAUUUUCUUCUACCUAGUUAUCGAGUAAUUACACAUUAAAGCAAAUUUCUUAUGCCCGGAAUGUAUACCUAUAUAUAUAUAUAUAUAUAUAGCCAAGGUAUGCCCGCUUCGCUGGGCACACAAUAGUAUCCAACACAGAUUUCCAUAUGACCUAUGUGAUACUGUGUACAGGUAUGCGUUUACAUUUCUUUACAUAGCUUUUUCAAUUAAUCAUGUAUAGAAUCGUGUAUCGGGUAUGGAAAAUGAAAAAAAAAGUUAAAAAAAAAAAUUUGCGAUAAUUUUUUUUUCGGUAGAGAACGAACAAAAUCCGUUCUUAGUGAGCGUCUACGAUGGGAGAGGAGUAACCGUGACAAAUUUCACGAUCCUAACUUCAGUGGUUUAGGCCGUGCGUUGUCUGUCAGUCAGUCAGUGAGUCACGCAACAGAUAUAUAUAUGGAACGCUAUGCUUAUACACAUGAACUUUAUUGGUCAAUUACUAGAUAACUGUAUAGAAGAAAAAUCUUAAAAAAUUUGUAUUGUCAAAUUUGGCACUAAACAAUAUGUUCACCAAAUUUGAUAAAAUUCUGAACUUUUUGAAAUUUUUUAUGUUUUUAGCAUGGUUUAGCAUGGUAAUAUUGUAUCGCCUCUAUCGAAACUCCUUAAUUCAGUUUUUUCUUUUUAUAAAAGUAUGAGAUUUGGAAAUUAAAUUAUCUUUUUAAAAUACAACACUCUUUCUAUACUUUGGAAGAUAAAAGAAUUACGUGAUUGAAAACAUAAGGAACAAUGUUACGAUUCUUUGGAAAUUUAUCACAGUUGUUAGAUGGCUUAAUGGCGUGGAAUCUCUUGUAUAUAAGUCUGGAUGAAAACAGAAUAAAGCACGCGUUUCACGAA